UCAAUGCUCCACAGGCGCCCCAACCAAUCGAACACAUGUGCGAAGCUAAUGGGAUGGACGAUGGACGUUAGUUCGUCCUAUUAGCUCCAAAAUUCACCCAAAUCCCCCCAUUCCCGCUCUAGACUCGAGACUCGAUUUCUUCGGGCUAAGGUCGGAAUCCAUAGCUUCUCCAACACCGACGAUCCUUCUGAUAGUCACACCGUCCGGAGACAAGGGGAGUAACCCACCACCGGUGACCACCGGCGACAUUAAACAGGAAUUUUGGAAACUUAAUGGAUUCUCAAAGCCAAAACACUUCAUUGCAGAGACUUCAUCAUGUGGAGAAGAGAAUCAUCAGGGUUUUGGAGCUUGCUGGUAGUGUAAUGGAUGAGCUUUCAAACUCAACUGGUCCACGGAUAGAAAUUCUUAACAACCAUUGUCGUGAGUUUAUGCAGUCGAUCAAGGACAUCCAAGUGACAUUGCGGGAAGAAAUCAAAAGUGCAUGCGAGUAUCGUCCAUUUGAGAAGUGCGAUUACAGUUCAAGAAUAUCCAACGAGAUCUGUUUCAAGAAGCUGGAAUAUGUCAUUGAGCAGUUAGAUGGCAUGAAACAAAGCAUUGAUCAAUAUUAUGGUGCAGUCUGAUGAACUGUGACGUGCAAGUUCCAACAUCAUAAGCAGUUAAACACACUUCCUUCCAACCCCUUUUAUGUACUGUCCAAUUUAGACAUCUUCCUUCUCUGUCCAAUUUACAAGUCCCACUAUGCUUUACUAGUUUGUUAGUCAUGUCCAACAAAGAGUAUUCAUUGAGUACCUUAUUACUCUGGAUUUCCUACAAGAAUUAUAUACUAUGGUUUUCCAACAAAGAUGCAGUUGUAUUUGAUUACCAAUUUACCAUGUUACUACGGAUUUGUCA